UCGAAGUAGCAUCAAAGUAUUCUAAAAGAAGAAGAAAAUGGAAACUACCGCCUUUAACACAACAUCAAGAAUUGGAAGCUGGUCAUCAGCUAUUUCUCGACCUCUACAAACAUGUAGUUCUUUCAAGUGCCGAUUACCAACACGAAGAGGUAUUGUAGCUGAUCUUCGAAACUCCAACUUCCGAUGGAGGAAAGCAGCAACAACAACAAGCAGAGGGAAUGUUUCAACAGAGGCAGUUAAAAUUCCUACGUCAGUACCAGUAAGAGUGGCGCGUGAGCUAGCUCAAGCAGGAUACCGGUAUCUCGACGUUAGGACACCAGACGAAUUCAGCAUCGGACAUCCAACUAGAGCCAUCAACGUACCUUACAUGUACAGAGUCGGAUCAGGAAUGGUUAAGAACCCGAGUUUUCUAAGACAGGUCUCGUCCCACUUCAGGAAACAUGACGAAAUCAUCAUUGGUUGUGAGAGCGGGCAAAUGUCAUUCAUGGCUUCAACUGAUCUUCUCACUGCUGGCUUCACGGCGGUCACAGACAUUGCUGGAGGUUACGUCGCUUGGACAGAGAAUGAGCUGCCGGUAGAAGAGUGAAAACAAACAUGACCAAAUCACCUCCUGUAAUUAUCAAUAAACUAUGUAGAUGUUCUCAAUACAAGUGUUUAUGUAUC